UCCGUCUCCAGAUCCUGGGGCAUGGUUGAUUGAGAGUUCCUGUGGUCGCCAGAAAACCUCGGGAGUACUUCGAUAUCCGGUACGAUUCCUCUUGGGUUUGGUUUUCACCCGUCGCUACUUUCAUCGGUCGCUGGAGGUAGGUCGUCCACCUAACUGCUCUUCGGAUCCCGAGUGCCAGGGCGGUUUGCGAACCAUAUUCUGACACUGGACGCUCAAGAAGCCUCGAUGAUUUAGUUAGCUUGGAGAUUCGAUUACCGGUACUCAGGUUCAACAUUGCUUAUUGGGCGUCCUAUGGCUGUCGGGGUGGAUCGUCGAGCCAAAAAAGCAGCCACUAGGUUACACCAGGCGCUCCUUAUACACACCAACGGUGAAGCAAUGCCAGAGAACUCACCGACUACAACGUCUACAUCUGGAUCAGGACCCGCAUACCUUCCUUCACUUCCACCUCGGGGCAAACACGAGGUGAGCGAUUCGGGACUGUCUUUUGCUCAAGAACAACAAACCAACAAGAAGAGGCGAGCGUCUCAAGGUACAGUGCCGUCGCAGAUCCGGCGCGCAUCACUCACACCACACAUGCGCGGCCUCGCUCUCUCCAAUGCGGGCGAGCUGUCGCCAACAGCGGAAAAGCGGCGCAACAAGUUGGGCUACCACCGGACUUCGGUCGCAUGCGGACAUUGCCGGCGGCGUAAGAUCAGAUGUCUCGUUGCCAACGAUGAUCCCCAUGGUCGCUGUUCGAAUUGCAUUCGCCUCAAGAAGGAAUGCAACUUCUAUCCCGUCGACCAGGGACCGCCUGGCCCGCUCUCAGUGAAAGAAGGAGCUAGCAGCGCGCAUGCCUCUGCAACUUCCUCACCCCGACACCCUCCCUCUGCUUUCUCCGUCUCCUCAUCGUCGCAUCCUCCCACCUCACGGCUCGCACUGCAAACCGAAGCCGAGAUGGAUUCCGGUGAGAGUCCAAUCUCCGGUUCAAUGAACAUGCAGCAUCCUCCCUACACCUUUCCGCCUCCGAUAGACACGCAUUGGCCGACCCCCAGCUUUCUACCCUCCUCGGGCGUCGCCGAAGCGCCUUCAAUGUCAUCUGGCUUUUGGCGGCCGUCAGAGCCAGCUCCCAAUUCGACAUACGAGACCGAGUCGAGCGUCUCAGGCGCCCAGACGCCGGCAACGAUGCACUCGACUUCCAACAUGGCCUAUGGCCGUUCCGGUGACCACCACUGGGUGCAGCCGAACAUCCCCCCUCCUACGAGAUCUAUGUCCUAUGGCAACAUUGAAGGACUUCCCACCCAAUAUGCCAAUCCCGGCCUCGGAAUCCAAGCGUCCGAAUAUUCUCGCCGAACUUCCCCGUACCCAUAUCCCAUAGACACCACGGCAUCAUUCCACGGCGCCCCUCUUGGCAGCGAUACCGCCUCAGCGCCCCUCUCGGCACCCAUUAUUCCCAACCAGGCCUACGAAUACCCACCAGCUUGGAGUCAAUACCCAGGGAUGCCGCCUGCAACACAUGACGUCCAGGGCCGUUCCAUGAGUGCACAAUGGUCUCGAGAUGCAGGUCCGUUAGACAAAGUGCAAGGGGAGAAUGCUCCACCUGUGCUCUAUAGCCAGCACUAUUAUCCCGGGUCAUAGGAUCCAGCUAGUUCCGGCUUCUCGGAUUUGGACUUUAGCAAGUUUCCUCACUUGAUCUCCUUGUAUAACUAAAAGGCGUUGUGCACUUCUUCGUCGCAUUUUCGGGGUAC